UCUGCUUGUUUAUACAGCGCAGUGAAGCUUAUUUUCACUGAAGGGGGCGUCAGUGAGGAAUUGUCGCGAGAUCCCUGUGGAAUUCCUGGAGCCUGUGUUGUGUGUGUGUCCAAGGCUCCGCCCCCUCCCUCCGUUGGUUUGGAGCUGGGAGAGAGAGAAGAAAAUAAACCCACCGCCGCUGCUGCUAUUAAGCAGGCUAGUUAUGGAACCAAACCCUGGUAACUAGUACUCACACCGAGGAGGAGCGCAACUGAAGUCGGAUUUUUUCUUGCUGUUGAGCAUUCAUUCUUUGUUUUUUAAGUUUACUUUUAACUUUGACACGGCAGCCGGGAGAGGCUUCUAUUAGCCAGUUAGCCAGCUGGAUAGCUAGCCGCGCAGCUAACGCCGUAGCCUGGAGGAAGUUCGCAUGGAGCGAGGGUUGCGAAUGGGAGAGUAGAGGAGCGUCCUCCUGCUUCCCCUGCUUCUCCUCCUUCUCCUGCCCCAGCUGAAAGCGUUUACUUCCUCCGUCCCAGCAGCAGGAGGCUCGUCAAUUAUUUUGCUUUCAUUUUAAAGGACACUGUGUUUUUUGUGCGGGUCGCGCCGUCGCGUUAUCGAUCUGGAAGAUUCUGCAGGAACAGAAGGCUAACAGCAGAUUAGCUUCACCUUUCUCCGCUUUUGUGGAGGCAGGCCAUGGACUAAAGGAGACAAGAAUGAUGACGAGAGGGCUUGACUGGACAAGUGGCAGCUAAAUAUUUAUUAAAUAAGCUUCAAAUGGAUAAUUACACGAGAGUUUGAUUUGCCUUUUUAAGCCGAAACUUGAAAUGCAUUGCACAGUUGGAUGUUUUUCUUAGUUUGAUUGGAACGAAGAAGAAAACGGAGAGGACACGGGAUUACAUUAACCCCUCUCUAUUCUUUGGUUGAUUUUUCUUUUUUUUAAAUUAGUUGUUAUCUUUUUGGCUUCCACGAAGAGUUUGAAAAACUAAACGUGUCAUGAUCAUGUCUUCAGCUAAAGAAAAUUCCUGCAGGAAAUUCCAGGCCAACUUCUUUAAUAAGAGUAAAUGUCAGAACUGCUUCAAGCCUCGGGAACUUCAUCUGCUUACGGACCAGGAUCUGACCCAGGCAAAACCUAUUUAUGGAGGAUGGUUGUGCUUGGCCCCCGAGGGGACCGACUUUGACAAUCCCAUGCAAAGAUCUCGGAAAUGGCAGAGGAGAUUCUUUGUGCUUUACGAACACGGCUGCUUACGCUUCGCCCUGGAUGAAUCGCCCAGCACGCUGCCUCAGGGCACCGUGAACAUGAACCUCUGCACGGAUGUGAUCGACGCCGAGCCCAAGACAGGACAGAAGAACUCGCUGUGCAUCAUAACACCUGAGCAGGAAUACUUCAUCAGAGGAGAGAACAAGGAAAUCAUCAAUGGGUGGAGCGAGCAGCUGGUGGUUUACCCACGGACCAACAAACAGAACCAGAAGAAGAAACGCAAGGUGGAACCUGCAACCUCCCAGGAGCCUGGCCCAGCAAAGGUUGCAGUGACUGGUUCUGGAAUCCCAGAGGCAGAAAAGGUUCCAGACUCCAGCUCCAUCAUCUGGCAGGAGGAGCUGAACCAGAGGGAGGCAGAGGUGGUCCCACUCUGGGCCACUGCUGAUGUAGCAUCAGCACCACUGCACCCUACAGGUGAGCGUCAGUCACUUGGUCGCAGCUCAGACACAGGCUCAGUAAACGGAGACGAGGUGGACCAAGGCAGCCUGAUGCUGCUCAGCUCAACGGCUCCUCCGCAGCCACCCAAUGACCUACUCUCCCCCACAGGCUCCUGCUCAAGCCUGGGUGGGGUCCCACGUUGCCUUUCACCUGCUCCCAGUGACCCCUUCCCCUCCGGCAGCUCCCUGCUUUCCAACGGCUCCCACAUUAGCGGCUCGGUCAGCUCACUGGAUUCCGACGCCAGUGGCAGCACGGUGACCAGCAACGACAGUCACCCAACCUCACAGAGAGGCAACCACGUCUACAGCCACCAUGACAUGCUGAGAUCCAGGAAACUGGAGGCUGAGGCCAGGAAGGCUGAGAAGAGGACUCGGUACAAGAGCCCAGAGCGGCAGGAGAGGGAGCCUGUCCUCAGCCCGGAGAGGAGUCGUUCUGGUGUUAUUGAAAAACUGGAGGCCCUGGAGCUGGAGAACCAGGAGAAAAUGGAGGUGGAGGAGUCGGGGAGGAGUGGAGACAGACAAGGCCGGAGCGAACACAGGCGUUUCCACAGAGAGGAGCAGAAGCGUGACGAUGGGCAGGGUCCGGGCUUCCCCUCUACCCUGCCCCCUCUGAGGAGAGCCAAGUCCUUAGACCGAAGAACCACUGAGUCAGUCAUGACGCCGGAUUUACUGAACUUCAAAAAAGGCUGGAUGGUGAAGCUGGAUGAUCAAGGCCAGUGGACAAAGUACUGGUUUGUGCUGACAGAUCACAGCCUGCGGUACUACAAGGACUCUAUAGCCGAGGAGGCCUCCGAUCUGGACGGUGAGAUCGACCUUUCCACCUGCUACAAUGUCAGCGAGUAUCCGGCUCAGCGCAACUAUGGUUUCAAAAUCUACACUCAGGAGGGAGUGCACGCGCUGUCAGCCAUGACGGCAGGAAUACGGAGGAACUGGAUCCAGGCGGUCAUGAAGAACGUCAGGCCCUCUAAUGCUCCUGAUGUAGCCAGUUCCACUGAGGACCACGGCUCCUUCUCUCCUUUAGAAGUUCUGGACAGGCCAGACGUCACGCAGGACUCCCCCUCCUCUGAGGCCUCGUCUGUGGAUAGAGAACCUGCCCCGAACAUCACUAAGAGCCGUGCACGUGAGCGCAGACGAGAAGGUCGCUCCAAAACCUUUGACUGGGCCGAGUUCAGGCCCAUCGCUCAGGCUCUGGCCCAGCAGAGGGCGCAGGAGGCCGAGAGCUUCCAGUCUGACCUGGGGGAGCUGGAGAGGAGUCGUAGACGAGAUGAGAGGAGGAGGAGGCAUGAGACGGCGAUGGUCUCUCCAACAGAGCAUCCAUUUGUCAGGGAAGCAGGAAGGACCGUGUCCUACGACAGAGGAGAAGAUUCAGUGGGUCCUGUGGCUGAGGAGAAGCAGCAGCAGGUGGAGGAGAUGAUCGAGCAGCACUGGCGACAGGUGGAGAAGACGCCCAUGCGAGACGAGAGGCGGGUGCCCCUGCCCACCACGGGACAGCCCAGAGACACGGUAGAACUGGAGCAGCUGCUAGAUAAUUACAAACAAGGGAUCGAGGACCUGAAGGCUCAGCUGGAGAGCUGCCACCAGCAGCUCCUCGACUCCAACAGGCAUAAGCAGGAGCUGGAGCUGCAGCUGAGAACAGCUUUGGACAGAGAGCACGACAUCCGCGCAGGUUACAUUUCCCCGCUGGAUCCUACGGGUCUGGAGGGCGGUGAGACGCCCCAGACGAAGAGGCCUGAACUGGUUAGUUCUCAAGCACAGAGUUUAACAAAGAAGUACCAGGAGACCAAAGAGCUCCUGAAACUGCAAGAAUUGAAAAAGCGUAAUAUGCAGGCACAGCUUGGCCUCUCACUUUCUCACCUCCCUGCAAAGGAACCUUACCUUUCUGAACCCCAAAAAACACCCCUCAUGGAGAGCCCUAGCUCUGAACCUGUCCAAAAAACUGUGAGUGUCUUGCUCCAGGACAGCUUAGAGGCCAUUCAGGAACUAGAAGACUUGAUAGCUGGUAAACGCCUGACUCUAACAGAGCUGGGAAGACUCCUUAAAUCCCAUAGUUGUGUUCAGGAGACAUCCGAAAGGCAUCAACUCCAGAAGCUUCUAGAAACCUGGAAGUACCAGCAGGAAAUAGAAAAUGAGAUGAUAAAGAAGAGUUUAGCCAGAGCUGGUGAAAGCAUCCGGGAGUACGAAGCUCGUCUUCUCACCAUGGAGGAUCUGGUAGGCAAAGUUCAGAGGCAAACUGUUGAGAGACUAAAAAGCCCCUAUGGCCACUCGGAGGCAAACGAGACAACUGUGGGAAUACUUUCUCAGAGGGUUGAACUGUUGACAAAUGAAAACGAGGCACUGAAGCAGCGAUGUCAGGAAAUAGUUAACCAGCUGACCGAGGCCGAUAGAGAAAUAGACAGGCUGAAAGCUGAGCUGAACAGCCAGCAGGGUAGCAGGCAGCAUCAUCUGGCUGUGGAAGAGCUAAAAAGAGUCAAGGCCGAACUGGCUGAAAACCAAGCUAUUGCCAUAGACAGAGAGUAUUAUGAAAGAGAGCUGAAUGAGAAGUCCUUAAGGCUCCAUGAAGCUCUUGUCACGUUAGAGGACCUUGGGAACUCCCUCAAAGAGACGGAGAAAAAGCUGCAGUUAAAAGAAGCCACGCUGAAGGGCCUGGGCUUCCCGACAGAUUACGAAGACGACGACUCAAAACCUGAGAAAGAGCAUCUCAAAGAGCUAUUGGAGGCCUCACAAAGAAAGAUGUAUGACAUGGAGGCAAACCUGCAGUUUUCACAGCAGCACUGUCUCGAAAUUGAGGCUAGGAACAGUGAACUGAUCAAACUUCAUGAGGAAUUCCAGAAAGUUAGUCAAGAAAAGCUGGAGGAAGCAGAAAAUGAAAUAAAAAUGCUACAAGAGAAGUUGGAAAAGGAGAAGGUUAGAGCAGGGGUGACAGCGAGUGAAUGUGUUGAAGCAGGAGUAGAGCAAGGAGAUGUGAAGAUCCUUAGAGAGGAAGUAAUAGAGCAGGUUGAGAGGAAGGCUGAGGCAAUCAAUCAUGUUGUACAGAUGUUGGCAAACAUAGAGGUUAAUGCAGAGAGAAUGGUUAGCAAUUUAAAAAGCACUUUAUUUGAUUCUUUGAAAGAAGAAGAACGGCUGUUUUUGAGUCGGGACGAUGUGAGGUUGGUUGUUGAGGCGGAGUUCUGGAGCCAACUGUUGGGUAUCUCCAAAGUUAAACCUGGGGAUUGCAACACUGCAAGAACUUUGGUAGAAAAUAUGUUGUCACUAAAGAGCUUCAUGAUCUCGACAAGUAGAAAAUUUAAUAGUGACACAGAGACAGAGUUAGAUUUUGAUUCUAUGUACAGCUGGCUUGACAACGAAAGUAUUUUUCAGAUUUUGAAAGAGUUAAGAGAGACAUUAGAGUCACGGUCAAAUUGUUUAAAGCAAAUUUUAUCCAGGAUCAUCCUUGAUGCAGAUGACAAGCUCCUGUCUAUGGCUCUAACUUGCUUUGACUUCAGUUACAAGCAACAACAACCCUCUGAAUAUUUGCUUGAAUCCCUCAAAGAAACAAGCACUUUCUAUGUGAUUAUUAGGUCUAAGGUCCAGCGUGAGAAAGAGUUCAGGCAAAAGCAGAGGGAAGUUCUGAGCACUAGCUUGGAUUGUCCAAAUUGUCCAGUAUUGAGGGAAGUUGCUGUUGAUCUCCAAUCUAAAGUGACAGAUCUUCAGAGUCAGCUGACCGAAGCUACUUUGAAAACCACUACUGUACCUGAAACCAUGAUACAGAUAGAGGGCGAGUCCAUUGACUCACUGGAUAAAACCAUCGAGCUCCAGGACAUAGUAGCAAAACAUAGAAAGGAGCUCCGAGAGGUUAAAGACCACUAUGAACAGGAAGUAGAAAAGAUGAGGGAGGAAGCAGCCCAGGCCAGCGAAACUCUGCGUCUCCGAUCAGAAGAAAAUGUGAAAGAGAUUGACUCCUUGACCAGCUGCAUGGAGAACCUCAGGAAAAAGCACGAGCUGGAAAGGACAAACCUGUUGGAAAGGUUUGAUCAGGAAAUGGAAGAGCUGAGGUGCAUGAUGGGGCCUGAGGACCCACAGCAGACAGCAAAAGAUGGGGGCAACACAGCGUCAGCACAAACUCCAACCCUGAAGCAGCGCAUUCAAGAGCUGCUUACCCAAGUGUCGGCGAUGACCGAAGAGAUGAGGCGGCGAGAAGAGCAGGGCGACGUUACAACCCACCGGCUGAAAUACGAAAAAGACCUGGAGAACCUGAAGGCCACGUGUGAGAGAGGCUUUGCAGCCAUGGAGGAAUCCCAUCAAAAGGUGAUUGAGGAGCUGCAGAGAAAACACCAGAGGGAGCUGGACAACCUGCAGGCAGAGAAGGAUAGGCUGCUGGAUGAGGAGACGGCGGCCACCAUCGCUGCCAUCGAAGCGAUGAAGAACGCCCAUCGCACAGAGCUGGAGAAGGAGCUUGACAAGGCUCGCAAGGCCAACUGCAACACUCAGAACGCAGACCUGGACGAGAUCCAGAGACAGCACGAGGAGGAGCUGUGUUCACUGCAUCGGGAGAUCGAGGUUCUGUCGGAGCAGUACUCACAGAAGUGCCUGGAGAACGCCCACCUGGCCCAGGCCUUGGAGGCUGAGAGGCAGGCCCUCCGGCAGUGUCAGAGGGAGAACCAGGAGCUCAACGCACACAACCAGGAGCUGAACAACCGUCUGGCAGCAGAAAUCACCAAAAUGCGAUCCAUGACAUCAGAGGACGGCUCAGACUCCGUCACAAUACAAGGGAAAGAACUCUACGAGUUAGAGGUAAUGCUGAGGGUGAAGGAGUCCGAGGUCCAGUAUCUGAAACAGGAAAUCAAUUCCUUGAAGGAUGAACUCCAAGCUGCUCAAAGAGAUAAGAAGUAUGCGACAGACAAGUACAAGGACAUCUACACGGAGCUGAGCAUCGUCAGGGCCAAAGCAGACCGGGACGUGGGCCGACUCAGAGAUCAGCUGCAGCUGGCACAGGAGGCGCUGGGGGAGCCCACGCUGGAGGAGAUGGAGCGGGGAGGAUAUGACAUCAUGAAGUCCAAGAGCAACCCUGACAUCCUGAAGAUGGCAGCUGCAGCAGCCAAACGCUCAGAGCGAACCCUGAGGUCAAAGUCUGAGAGCCACGACGAUCCGUAGGACAGUUAGUGAUGCUGAAGACCUGUAGACCUGCCUCUUCUGCCCGUAGUCUAAAGGAAGGUCUGACUGCCGAGCAGAGGCUUCACCUCUUUGAAAACAAAGAUGCCAAGGAGUUCUGACAUUCAAGCAUCACGUGCAUGUGACUGUUGCCCCGGCUGCUGUUGCUGCCUCCGCCGCCGCCGCUGCUGCUGCUGUUGCUGCUGCUGCAUGUUGAGAAGCCUCACUAUAUUUUAGCUGAGUAAUAAAAUAAAUUAACGUAGUAACACGACACACUGGUCACAAACACAGAUCCUAUAUUAUGGUAUGAAGUUUGAAUUUCAUGUGUAGUUUUUUUUUUUUUUUUUUGCAUUCCAUGCACUUCAGCAGUUAACUGUGACUUUUUUUGUUAGUUUCUUUUUUGCUGCCAUGUCUUACUGUUACUGUAAAUACUGUUUUUUAAAAAUGAGCAUCUUUUCAUGCGUUACACUAAAAAACUAUGAGUUUGUGUAAAAGCUACUGUUUUAACUCUGUAGGCUGUGGCUGGACUAGAGGCUCAAAUCUUAACUUUCUGACGUCGGUCAUGAUGAAGAGACAUCAAUGAGGGAAUGAGACUCAAGUUUAAAAGACUGGGGUCAAUUGUGAUUCCUACAUAACAUUUAUUUUGUUCAAACCUAUGGAGGAAAUUUUCAGAUUUUCUAAUUUUAAUAAUCUGACCUUUGACCGCUCUGGACUGUCUUAUAAAAUAAAAAAGGAUUCACCAGGGGGCGCUUUAAGUCAAAGAUUGGAUCCUUCUUGGCAGUGAGACAUUGUUACUUUAUUUUUCAGUUUAAGUACAUUUCUGUUACAUGACCUCUCUGAAAUUCUAACAGUCAAACUCCAGGGUACAGUCUGUUCUGGUUCUAUUGUGAAAUGCCUCUGGUGUUCUGGUUGAAGGCUAAAGCAUUUUUCUGUGCAGUCAGAAAAGCAUUAUCCAAGGAAGCCCUGUCACUGUUACGCAUAUAAUUUAAAUAACAAAUGUAUAUGAUGCCUUGUUUCUCCACCUCCACUGGUCUUCAUCAGAGCCUCCGUCAGUCUGUUUGUUCAUUCUCUGGUCCAGCCACUGUCACCUUGUAUUUAUUUGAAACGGUUGGGAUUUUUUUUCUUUCACAUUCCCAUUCCUCUGUACUCUAUGAUUGUAAAUAUAAAGCAAAUAUACACCGACUGACUACAGGUUUAUUAGCAAUAAAUAUUUUUGCACCCUU